GUGUGGGCCUCGUCGGUGGGAGAGCGGGGCGGCGGAGGCGACAGCGGCGAUCGGGAGUCGGCGGUCGACGGUCGGCGGCACGGCAACGGCCAGCAGCAGGCAAGCAGGCAGGCCAACCAACCAACCAACCAACCAACCAACCACCACCAACCAACCAACCAAGCGGUCCCCGGGCAGCAGCGUCACGACCGCUGCGACGAGGCUACGUCCUCGGCGGCGCCCGUCAUCGUCACAGUUCCCGUUCGUCCGGCUGGGUGUGCGGAGAUAGCGUGAGCCGUGAGGCGCAACGUUGUCGCGCGUCUAUUAGUCGCUCUCCUCGUAGUCUCGCCAUCGACGCCGACGGCGACGUUGCUACGGCGGCGAGCGAGAGAGCGCGGAGAGCGAGAGCGAGAGCGCGGAGAGCGAGACCGAGAGCGCGCGAGGGACGCGAGCUUUCUCGUGAAAGACUGGCGACAUAACGAUGGCGACGAUAUCGACGGCCACAGCGGCGGCGGGGACGACGACGACAACGUCAACGUCAACGUCAACGUCGACAGCGGCGACGGCGUCGAGCGCGACAGCGAUGGCGACGGAGCCGAGAAAAUCUUAUCACGAUCUGUGUCGCCUGUGCGCCUCCUUCGACGCCAUUAGGAUGCAGAUAUUCGGCCAGGAAGGCAGAAAUCGUCAACUCGUCGACAAGAUCCAGUUGUUCCUGCCGUUCAAGGUGAUGGAAGAUGAUUGUUUGCCAAAAGUCCUGUGUUAUCGAUGUAUGUUCAACUUGGAAAAUUUCUACGACUUCAGGACUGCGUGUAUUAACGCAGCUGCUUGGUUGGAAAGAAACAGGCCGAAGGAAGGCGCGAGCGAUGACGAUGCAAAUGAUAACGCGCAAAUCAGUGAAGGACACACGGAGCUUCUUAAUGGAAAGGAAAAUAUGCCAGUACUUAUUCCAGAGGCACCCGUAGUCAAUCCUAAUGCAGCAUUGGGUACACCGCCGAGAUUAAAUUCGGAUGGUGAAGCGGAUCCCGAGAUCGAGGAGAUUCUCGACACAAGCGAAGGUACGGAUGAAGCUACAGUGAUAGACGAUUCGGAAGAUCGACGAUCGGAAUAUGAGAUGGCAUACGAGAUGGACAUGGAGACGAAUCCUAGCGAUUUCUUGGAAAUGACCCCAAUGGUAACCGAGGAGAAUGAAGAAGAGUGCGAUACGAACAACGCGAGUGCUGCGACUACUCAAGAUACCACGGUCUUUCCACAUACAUCGCAGCAACACGAAGUCUACGUCUGUUCUCUAUGUAACAAGGCAUUUAGUUCCAAGGGUCAUUUGUCACUGCACGCGAGGAUUCACGUGGGCGAGGGUGAUGUGAUCGGCGAGAGAGUGAUCACAGACGAUCAUACUUCGUACCAACGACCGUAUCAAUGUGAUCUUUGUCAUAAGUCGUAUUCUACCGCCAAACAUCGCUGGGGACAUGUUUCUACGACACAUCGGGGACAUCCUGCAGUAACGUGUGCAUACUGUUCUCGUAUAUACUCGACGCGAUAUAAUCUUGAUGAGCAUAUAAAAUCGCGACACGCUGGUCUACCGCCACCCCCAGAGUUAUCUGUUCCUCUUUCCCGCACGGAAACUCGUUAUCAGUGCCAAACGUGUCCAAUGGUGUACACGGAUCUGGCGGAUUUCAAUGCGCAUCGUCAGAUAUGCGUCCAGGAACAACGUACAGACUUGUUGGGACAAACUGAGGCACAGAACAAUAAAAUUUUUGCCGACACGUCUGACAUCUCGAGCGUAGAUUCGGAUGACGAGAACAAAGACUUUAGGAGCGCUGAGGCUAAAUUGGCGAAAAAUCCACAGUUAACUAUAUUGAAACAAGCGCUAACUAAAGGAGACAAUUUAAAACGGAAUUUCGACGAUGAUGGUUCAACUUCCAGCGGCAAGCCGAAAAAAAUAGUUAAGUCAGAAGAGGAUGAGACGAAUCCUCAGAAAAGGUGGUAUUGUGAAGCUUGUCCACAAAGUUUUACAUCGGUGGACAGUUUGAAGGAACACGAGCUCAGGCACGACGCCGAAAAGCCGUUUAUUUGCAUACUCUGCAACAAAGAUUUCGCUUUGAAAUCUUCAUUAGUUAGACACAUUACAAUGUCACAUGGCGUUGAUCCUACUCCUAUCAUUGACAGUGAUAAGUGUCUAAAAACGACAGUAAUGUCUCAGAAUUGGAACGAUCGAGUGGACGUCAGUGUCUAUGAACAAAGUGAAAUAAAAGAACCACCAGAGCUCUCGUCAUCAUCUGAGAUAAAUUUGGAGAAUGAUGACAAAGAUUAUAAGAACCACGAGAAUAUAGAAAUUGAAACGGUAUUCGUAUGUGAGACUUGUAAGAGAGACUUUAAUGACCGAGCAUCAUUAUGGCUACACAUACGAGCGAUGCAUAAAGAAUAUGCUGCAUUUACCUGUGGAGUAUGUUUAAAGAUGUGCUUUAAUAAUACGCAACUUCAAAAUCAUGUCUUCAUGUAUCACGGAAGGUCUAAACUCUUAAUAUCGGAACAAAGAAGGUACAGUUGUACGAUAUGCGGUAGACAACAUGACUCGAGAAAAAAACUAAUUACUCAUGUCUCGAUACAUAAUAUCGACCCUGCCUAUGAUCCUGCAAGUUUUGUACAAUUAAAUAGUAAUUAUUAUAAUGAAAACUUGAAUGGCAACGAGGGAAAUGAACAAGUAUUAGAUUUUGAUGGGGAAGAUGGUGAGAAGGUCGAUUGUUAUAUUUGUUACAAAUCUUUCCCGACUGAGGAUCAUCUAAUACGGCAUCAGAGAAAUGCUCAUAAGUCUGAUCAGAUAGUUUCAUUAGGAGACGGCACGGGUAAUGGAAAUACUCUGAGCGUUAAUGGUAAUGGUAAUAGGGCUCAGUAUCAUUUAUUUUUUGUUUGCGAAGUAUGUGGCAGUUCACACUCGAGCAAAUGGGAGCGCUGGUUGCAUAUCAACGAUACGCAUAACAACGAAUCUUCUAUCAAAUGCGAUUGGGAGAGUUGUGGAAAGAUAUUUGCGACAAAGUCGCUACGUAACGAACAUCUCCAGCAUCAUGCGGUGCAAGGACCCUCGCCAAAUACCUGCGAGAUAUGCGGAAAAUUAUGGCCUACCCGCGUCGAUUAUUGGAAACACGUGAUGGGCGUGCACGCGGAUACAGUGCCUCUCAUUUGUGGCGUUUGUCUGAAAGUAUUUUCCGAUGUUAUGCAAUUAAGCGCACACGUGAAGGCGAAGCAUUGGCCGUUAACUAGUGGGGACUUUUGUUGUGAUAUUUGCGGUAGACCAUACUCCAAUAAAUCAAAAAUGUCUCGGCAUAGAAAGAUCCACGGCUUGGAAGCGGCGACGGCGGCGGCCAUGGACGUUACAUGCGAUAACAGUAGUUUCAAUGAAACGACCAAUGAAUCGGUGAAGCCUGAACACAGCAAUGGCGCUUCGGAAUUAGAAUUAAAUUGCGAGCAGUGCCCCGAGCUUAGCUUCACAACACUAGACAGUUUAUGUAAUCAUCGACGGAUAGCGCACAAUCUUUUCCCAUGCGACUUGUGUAACAAGUGCUACGGAAGAACGUCACACUUAUGGAAGCAUGUGAAUAGGGUUCACAAAGGACACGCGGACGUGACUUGUCCUUACUGCUCAAAGACGAGCGCGUCGAGGGAUCAUCUGGCAGCGCAUAUCGCCAAAAUUCAUAGGUUUAUGCCCGCUAUGGGUAAGGACACUCAAAACUGCGUCACUUCCAAGUCUUUGAGUGUAGAGGACGGUGUCUUGCAUUACUGUGAGAAAUGUAACAAGGGAUUCCAUAAGCGCUACCUGCUCCGUCGACACAUGAAAGGCUGUCAAAACUAUCGUAAGGAUCCGGGUGCGUUGUUGACUCGUUGCCGAGCCUGCGAGAGGAUAUUCAAGGAUCGUGCGAGUUUGCAGAAGCACAUUGAGAAUCAUCACAGCACGUAUACUUGCCAUUUGUGUAACGAGACGAUUACUUCCAAGCUGGGCAUUAUGACGCACAAUCGCGUCAAUCAUAUGGAUCAUCCAGAUCUGACGUGCGAUCAUCCGAGCUGUAAGAAACUCUUCCGCACCAAAGAAGAUCUGGAAGCUCAUCGCAAGGAACACAAGUAUCAUAGCAACCCGAACGUUUGUGACUUUUGCGGUGACACCGUGGAAAACAAACUGAAACUGAAGAUGCAUGUACUGUCAUUGCAUCGAAACGAGAUCGGUGUAUCCUGCGGCGUCUGUCUCAUUCCUAUGAAGGACCCCAAAGAUUUGAAGAAACAUGUUGAAGCGGAACAUAGCAGCGUUCUUUCCAAUCCAAACACAUGUCAGGUGUGUGGCAAACAAUACGCGUCCAAGUGGAAGGCAUUCGAUCACACGAAAAAGUGUCACGGCAAAGUUUUUAUCACGUGCAAACAGUGCUUAGCGGUUUUUACCAACGAGAACGAUAUACGCGAUCACUAUGAGCAUGUCCAUAACGUUCCAAAGGACCAAUUGGCCAUUUUCGAAUAUAGAAUGGAUAUUGGUGUGAAGAGGGAGGGUUACGAGACUCCCGAUAUUAUUGUGAAGGAGGAACCGGAUGAUUUGGAGUUUGACGAGGAACUGUGCGAUGAGAGUUCGAACGACUCUCGCAAACGUAGAAGAUCGCCGAAUGAUACGUACGACUGCGAGAUGUGUCCCGAGAUCUUCCUCAAUUCGGACACUCUCGCCAAGCAUUAUCAGAACGUCCAUAACACUGAUCCCGUCCGUAUGUUCAAGAAAUUCAAAAAGGAUAAUGGCGACAGCAAGCGCAAAAUGAGAAACAGAAACAAUUUUGAGUGCAAGAAUUGCAAAAAGCAAUUCUCUACCAAGACCCUAUUCUGGAAUCAUAUCAAUGCAUGUUCGCGGCGAAAUUCGAUAGGUAGAUUUGACAUGCCGAAUAAUGUUCCAACGUCAAUUCUGGAGUCUCAUCUAAAGAACAAUAAUCAAAUACCACGAGAAGAAUCGGUACCGCUGACGAACGAAUCCAAUUUGAACAUUCCCGAUUUCAAUUUAUUCGAAGACAUUAAUUUACAGUUGUCAGCUCAAAAACCUGUGCCGAAUCUUAUGCCAUUGUCGCAAAUGAAGACGACGGGUAAUAGCAAGUGUUCGAGAAAAGACUCGCGCAAGGUUUACGAUGAAUCGACCAAUACCGAAUGCACGUGCGAGGUCUGCGGUAAACCGUGGCCUGCCAAGAAACAUUUGUGGCAACACCUAAUUCGAUUUCAUCGCGCCGAAGCCGCCGUUACGUGUGGUGUAUGCUUAAAGCUGUGUAAAUCUUAUCAAGAUCUGGCCGAUCACCUGAAGGCCGAGCACGCCCCUGUUUUGUCGCCAGAGGGUAACAACUUCACUUGCAAGACAUGCGGUAGAUAUCAUAACGCGAGAAGCAAAUUGCUGUUGCAUAUGAGCAUCCACAUCGGGAAUUUCCGGUGUCAGAAAUGCCAGCAAGGUUUUGCGAGUGAGGAGAAACUCACCGAGCACACGACAAGCUGCAAUGGCAAAUCAGAGUUUGAGGAUAACGCGGUGGCGGACGAAGAUAACGCAAAGAACGACAACGACGAAAAGGGCAGUUUAAUUGCCGACGAGACGUCGGUCAUCGAGGAAGCAGAGGAAGCGGAUUUCGAUUCGGAAGGCGAAAGGAGUAGGGAUAUUCACGAUGAAGACAAUUCGGAAAAUAGCGAAGAAGACAAUUCGGAUAAUAGCGAUGAUUCAGACAGCGAUAGCAACAGUAGUUCGAGUGAAGAUGAAAACGAGAACGAAGAGGGAGAAGAAGAAGAGGAGGAGGAAGAUGAAAAUGAAAACGAAAAUGAGUCUGAUACGAGAACCACUAGUAGAGCGAGCGGCGACAGUGUAUCGUGUAAUUCCGAGAGCGAUGAUGAAUCGGAUAUGGAUGAAACGGAAGUGAAUGCAACGGAAAAGAAAACGAUACAAUUGACCGAUAUUGGUAGAUUCAGGAUAUGCAGUGAUGGUAUUCAAGAGAACAUGUCGAUGGAGAAUGCCAAGGACCAGAAAACCGAGCUUACCGUAGCGACGGCUGCAGAACAGACUAAACAAAAUAAUUUUAAUGAUUUUAUGACUCCCAGCGCACCUGUAAACAAAUUUGAGACGUUUCAUCUCGAGGAAUCUGCUAAAGCUGCGACGAGCGAUGUAGACUUAUCUGACGAUAAUGAAGAUGAUGAUAACGAGGACGAUGAUGAGGAAAAUAAUGAGAAUGAAGAAGAGGAGGAAGAUGGUGAAGAAGGCGGUGAGGAUGAGGAUGAAGGUGAGGCUGAGUCUGAAAGUGAGAAUGAGGACGAGGAUGAGAAUGAGGGUGAAGCUGAGGCUGAGGCUGAGGCUGAGAGUGAGGGUGAGGGUGAGGCCGAGGCCGAGGCCGAGACCGAGGCUGCAGCUGAAGGAGAGGGUGAAGAGGAAGAAGAGGAGGAGGAGGAAGAGGAGGAGGACGAUGAAGACGACGAUGACGGACCACCUGUGUUGAGUCCAAUAAUGCCUUUGUUACCAGAAAACGAAUCUGAGGAGCACAGCGGUACGGAUCGCACGAGGCACAAGCUCAGCCCAAUGGUUUCGCUGAGUAUGGCUAAAGAUCUGGAGGAGUGUGAAAUAACCGAGAUACCAAAUGAUGUGGAGAACAUGAAUGCAGCAAACUUCUUUGCAGCUAAUAACAAUGAUCUGCCCGUAACAUGGGACGAGAACUUGGACGAUAACGGAAUCGACAAUGGUGAUUGCAAUUCGGACAUUGGAGACAGAGAUGUAGAGAAAAAUGAGGACUACAGUAAGGAGUAUGACAAAAUGGAAGUGAAUGAGGGCGAAGAUUUUGAGGAUUCCGCGGAUGAGAACAUAGUGGACAAUUGUAGGGAAGGUGAUGGAGAUAAUCAAGUGCAUGAGAUGCAUAAUCUGGAUGGAACUGUGUUAAUGGUGACUAAUGACGCGGAUGGUAAUCAGAUUUUGAUAGAACAAAACGUGCUAGAUAUCGAUAACGAGGAUUCUAAUGUCGAAGCGACGCAAUAUAUUUACCCAGAGAACACUUACGAAAUCACGGAGGAAGAUUACGCGACGCGAAACGAAACCGAUGUCAUGCAGACGGAUGAGAUGCAAGUUGGUAUGUCGUACGUUCAAGAUGCAUCGGAGAACGAGGAUAAUAGUAUGGAAGGUGUUGUCGAAAGAGAACAGCAGUGACAUGCAGAAACGAUAGGACACGAGUGCCAAAACGUGAACGGAAAUCUAGGAUAAAAUAAAUCUGUAAUAAAGUGUAAGAUAAUUAAUAUGACUUGAAACUGUGCGAAAAAAGAAACAACAUAUGUACCUUGAAAAACGAAACAAUAUUGUAUAGUAGAGUAAGCUUGUAGCUUUAUAGCUUUGGAGGAUUUUUGAUAGACUGCGUAAAAGAGAAAGAGAGAAGGAGGAAGGGAGGGGGUGGGGGGGUUACGAUUUACAACGGAAAACAUUUUGUUUUCAAUGAUCUGCCAGGGGCUUUGCACUCACGAUUUACGCAAGCUUCCGACUAAUCGUUUUCGAAGAGUAAUACAAUUUUGAAUGAUUAUGCAUUGUACUGUAUAUAUAAGGCGUUAUUUAGAUUAUUGUGAAAGCUACAAUUUACAGUAUCUUUUUUAGUUUUCGAUAUUUAAAGGAUAUUCAAAGGAUAUAGAUGAUUUUGGUUACGAAAAGUACCGUUUGUUUAUAUCAAUAACACUUUUUUGACAAUAAUACGCUCCGACUAUUUCCACCCUAUUCACGCGAAAUGCCAUCCGCUAGACAAUAGGUCACGAAUUUAUGAACUUAAUGAUAAUUUAGUGCUGUCGUUAAAACAAUGCCUAACAAUGCAGGAUCAAAAUCUACAAACUACGUUACAAUCAAAUUUCUUUUUAUCAAAUCGUAAGUAACUUUUCUCAAUAACGUUAAUCAUUCAAAGACACGCAGAAAGUACGAAGCCAAGCUGAUUGUUACAAAAUAAAAAAAAAAUGACACGAAAUGAACGUCUAAAUACGGUGGAUAAAUUACUAUAAUUUUAAUGCUAAUUAUUUCUAUGUGGUCACGCGCUUGCCCAAUUUUUCCAAUUAAAAUUUUGCAAAUCAACUUUCUGUGUUUUUCUGUGUGAAUUUGUUCUAUUAAUGAAUGACGACAGAACUUUACUAAAAGUUGAGCUAUUGAAUUAGAUAUGCGUAAAAAAAGUCGGAUAUAUUAUGGCAAAAAUAAUAGAUACUAUCUACGUUUUGUGUCAAGACAGAUUUAGCGUCCUCUCAUUUAGGAUUCUUUUUUUCUUAGCGUAGCGAAGAAGAAGCGAUAAUCGAGCACACUCGCUAUAUUUUUUAUGGAAGUAAAGAAAGAAAUAAAGGAGUUAAUGUGAAUAAUAGCUUUAAAUGAUCAAUCUGUACAGUUACAGUAAUGCGAGCGUGUUUGUACGUGAGCGAUUGUAUGCGUGUGUUUAUCGAACGAUAGAGACGUGACUGAAGACUUAUAUAAUUAAAGAAAGAAAGCGUACCUCGAUUAUAAAUAUACAUUAACAAUUAGUUGAGAUUAAUGCGAUGAAUUGCUUUGUAUUAUAAUUUAACCGUCUUGCAGAUUUUCUUAAUCGUUCAGUCGAAUUUUCACAGUUAAAAGUUUGAAUAGCAACGGAAAAAAGAAUCGUAUUUAAAUUGCGAUUCUUCUUUUAAUCUCGCAGUUUUUUAUGGGCGCGUAGUGAUGAGAAAUUAGAUGCAAAAAAAAGUUGAUUUUUAGAGUUAACCGACGUUUAUCUUUAUCGAUUUCUAACAUAUCAGCGAUCUCUUUUUUUCCUUAUUAUUUAUUAUAUUCAUUCCAAAGUAACUUUUAAGAUAUAUUAGGCUCUUUACGAACAAUAACCACUGAUUUGCCAUGCGUAUUAUGCGAUUGUAUGCGAACGAUCUACUUGAUAUUGCAGAGAGGGAGGGGGGGGGGAUGGGGAGUUAAAAUUGAAAUGUUGACGGUCAUUUAGAAAAAUAUUUAAAUAUCGUGCAUAUGAAAAUUCAUAAUAUCCUUAAAUAUUAUGAUUUUAAAAAGUACGUGUGUAUUAUACAUAUAUGGUAAAUGCACGCACGUACAUGUAUACAUACAGGGUGUCCCAAAAAGCUCGCAUUCCCUCUUAAGAGUCGAUUCUUUGGAACAAUCUAAGAAUCCGUUCUUAAGAGGGAAAAGCUUUUUGGGACAUCCUAUAUAUACAUAUGUUAAUUUAAAAUCGAUAAUAUUUAUAGAUAUACGUAUGUUCCAGUAUUGUUCCCACAUUGUUUAAAAUCGUAUCCCUUUUUUUAUAUAACAGUUGCUAAUAUUUACCGGUUAGUGCCACUAAAUGCGACUAUUGCGCUGCAUUCUAAGUUUAUAGAAUGAUUGUAAGAAUAAAGUACAUUCAUAACUUAUGUAUGAAUGUGUGUUAUUUACAUAUUCAGAUGAAUCGUGUAUGAAUUUGCCUUACACACCAUGCAUGAGACUUGUUCGAUUUGAAAGAAUUUCUAAUCAUAAAAAUCGAAAUUUAACAAGAUGGAAAUGGAAUUUUAACACGUUUUAAACAACAUCAACGAAUAUUCAUUUCCAAAACUUUCCUUUGCUCUGCACGAAUGGAGCGUGAAUCAUAUGUAUUGCGUAAUACAAACAUGCGAGGACAUCCAUAUGUGUAUAAUUUAUCACAAAUUAUCAUUCUCUAUAUUUGUUCACAAUUCACAGAUUACAAUAAUUAUUCUCCA